GCUCUGUUUGCCACUUUCAUUACUCAAAACCUCAAGAAAGCAAACAAUUCCAUCCAUGGUGGAUUACUCACCUCGUAGAUCGAGCGGACCGGUCCUCCGGUCCACUUCCCCUUCUGGAAGACUAAACCGCCACUGUUCAUCGUAUACGCCCUCGUUCCGCUCCUCCUCCUUCGCUUCCGCCACUUCCUCCGCCUUCAGCCCCACCCGCUCAUUGCGGAGGCCCACCUCUCCAACCCGUGUAAAUGUCUACAAGUAUACUUCCCCCUCCCUCAGCUUCUCCCUGGACCGGCCCGGUUCGCCAAACCGGUCUAUUUCCAUGUCCACCCGGGUGGAGAACUCUCCGGCGUCCACCGCCCCCAGUCAGAAGAGGACGUGUAUGUGCUCGCCCACCAACCACCCGGGUUCGUUCAGGUGCAGCUUGCACAAAGCCGGGUUCGCCAACAACGGAGUUCCGAGUAGUUCUCAAGCGGCGACGUGUGGGAGCUCCAGCCGGCUGAACAUGAGGCGCUCCGCCAUGACGAAUUCUCUGGUGCGGAUUGGUACAGUGGAGGGGGAUUUAGUGAGACGAGCCUUGGCCGCUCUGAUUCGCCCGUCUUCACAUCAGCAGCGCCGCCGAGGUGAGUUCCGGCCGCGACCCAGCCGGCUCUCCGUCAUGUCCAAGGCUUAGAUUUCUAAGCUAGCUCCGGCGGUUACGACGUUUCAACGCGGCGGAUAAGCGACUGAGCUGCGCCCGUGAUGUCAGCCUGAUUUGCGCGGGCGAAGGGGAACGGAUAUUUUUUGGUUUUCCGGCGACCCGAAAACCCGUAGGAUCCGACUUAUUUUUACCGGACUUUUCAUGUACAUACCUAAAUGAUAUUCAUAAUUAUGAAUUAAAUAAUUUUAAUUAUGAGAAAUUAA